UAAUAAUCCUCUCGAAAUCACCUCAGAAAAACCCUCACUUUCUCUCGCAGUCUUGAAAGUUCCACCGGAGUUCUUGUGUGUGACUACCUUCCUUCCAGUCCGGCAUUUUAACUAUUUCAGUGAAAAGAACAUUAGUGUUCCCCUGUUAAAAGUUCUAUAGAAAUGGCUCCACCAGCGUACUCAGAUCUUGGUAAGCAAGCUCGCGAUGUUUUCAACAAGGGAUAUCAUUUUGGACUGUGGAAGCUAGACGUGAAGACGAAGACUAGCUCUGGAGUUGAGUUCAACACCAGCGGUCACUCGAAUCAGGACAAUGGAAAAGUGUUCGGUUCGCUUGAAACCAAAUACAAAGUCAAGGAAUACGGUCUGAACUUUUCCGAAAAGUGGAACACGGACAACACACUAACCUCGGAAGUAUCGGUUGAAAAUCAACUAGUCGAAGGAUUGAAACUGUCGUUCGAUGGUUCAUUCGCUCCACAAACCGGAAGCAAGACUGGACGCUUCAAGACCUCUUAUUCGCACGAUAAAGUUCGCGUUGAUGCCGACGUGAACGUUGAUCUUGCGGGACCGCUGGUGAACGCCUCUGGCGUAUUCGGUUAUCAAGGCUGGCUCGCCGGUUACCAGGUUGCAUUUGACUCUCAGAAGUCCAAGAUUACUGCAAACAAUUUUGCUCUAGGUUACUCAACUGGUGACUUCAUUUUACACACGAACGUCAACGAUGGACGCGAAUUCGGCGGUUUGAUUUACCAGCGAUGCAAUGAUCGUCUGGAAACUGGUGUGCAAUUGUCAUGGGCUACUGGUUCAAACGCGACCAGGUUUGGCCUGGCUGCCAAGUAUGAUCUAGACAAGGAUGCAUGUGUCCGAGCCAAGGUCAAUAACCAGAGCCAAAUUGGACUCGGUUAUCAGCAGAAACUGCGCGACGGCAUCACUUUAACGCUGUCCACGAUGAUCGACGGCAAGAGCUUCAACACUGGCGGACACAAGAUUGGUGUCGCUCUGGAGCUGGAAGCCUAAACUGAGGUUGAAAUCGUGUUCGUGUUUUAACAAACCAGAUUCAAAUCCAAUAACUAUUAAAACAGCUAAACUAACAGACGGAAAAACAAUUACCAAGUAUAGUAAACAUUCGCAAAAUGCUGAAGGCAGUUCGUGUCCUAGAAAAAGGUCCUUCUUAACAAAUGUUGGAGUGAGCUGCACGAUUAUUCAGAUAUCACUGACGAGAUGAGAUGCAGUCGGCCAAUCGCAGAAAGACACAAGUUGAAAAAAUAAAUUGAAAUGAGAAGAGUUAGUAAACUACCAAAUCACGUUUAAGAUUAUUAACUCGAUGAGAACAGAUAUGCAAAUCUCUUGACAAACACACUUUGAACAAUUGUUACGGCUAAUGCAAAUUCUCGAUAGAAAUUUAAUGAUACAAUCCAAAACACCGUUUCAUCUACUAGUAGAAUUACCCCUUUGGUUUGUGUUUUUUUUUUUUUUUUUGAGCACGCUGUGACCCUGCGGAUAGAAUUUAAAUAUAACUGUACUGCCGAGACGAUUUAGCGAAAUUACAAAUGGUAAUUCAAAUAAUAACGCAUAGAAAACGGGAUUUUCGCUGAUUUGUUCAUAUUUGUGUGCAGCUUAUAAUGGUGCAGAAUACAAGCUGCAAGUUGGCUUAUGCGACUACUGAUAAGUCUUGAAGGAGAGUUGUUACAUCUAUAGAAUUGAAGAAAAUAAAGUGCAUUGCGGAAUUUCACACUUCACCAA